UUCCGCUCCAUCACUAAGUCGUACUUCCGGAGGGCCGAUGGCGUCAUGCUAUUGUAUGACGUCACCAGCGAGAGGUCCUUCCUCAGCGUGCGCCAAUGGGUGCAGAGCAUUGACGAGGUGACCGACACGCGGGUCCCCAUCAUGCUCUGCGGCAACAAGGUGGACAUGCGGGAGGCGCUGAUGAAGCAGGGCCAGACUUGUAUCACCCGAGAACAGGGAGAGACCCUGGCCAGGGACUUCGGCGCCCAUUUCCAGGAGACCAGCGCCCGCACCGGCCAGGGCAUGGUCGAAGCCAUCGUGGAGCUGGGAAGGAGAAUGCUGACCAAUGAAGAUGUCGAGGUGCAAACUUCGGCGCUGAAAGUCUCCGAUGACGCCAAGAAAGGCGGAGCCUGCUCCGGCAGUAGCAACAGCUCCAGCUCUUGCAAGAAGUAGUCGACGAACUCGAGAACAUACGCGACGUACAAGAAAUGUGACUUCAGGUCGUCUUGCCAGUCGAAAGGUGCGACCCAUUACGAGUGAGUAACUAUUUUUGAGCUGAAAGUGAGAUGACCAUUUGUCUACGAAAUAGAUGGACAGGUUAAGGAAAACAUAGAAAAUUGUCGUGGGCGUGUGUAGGCUUGAAAGCCUGAAUGGCGCUUAUAUGUGCAUUGUAUAGGGUUGUGUACUUGUGGGCAUGUGCUAGAAAUAUAUACAACCGCACGCCUGUCGGCUUACAAUGAGUGCGAAGUGUCUUGCUGGUGUCAGAAAGUGGAUGAGAUGCUGUGUGCCUGCUGCUCUGUCGUUUAUGAGCAGGACCGAGCCCUGCAGCACUUGCAGCCGCUGUUUCACGUUUGAGUGUACAAUAUCUAGGUAUAUUGUCGUUAACGUUUGGGCGAUAAUUGCGUGACAUUCAUUUGUAUUGAUGCUGCAUAUACGGCCGAUGUUUGAUCGAAUAUACUGAAUGAAGUGAAA